GCGUAUCUUCCCCAGCACUCUCAAGUCUCAACCACCAAAGGCCCAAACCAGUAGAAAGCGCGCGCCUCUCUCUCUCUCUCUCUCUCUCUCUCUCAUAGUUUCUCUCUCAUCAAUCGGAGCAAUGCGAACCAGAAACCAGUCCAAGCAACGGGGCCAAUCCACCGGUAAAGAGGUGAUGGCACCUGCAGACGAUUCAGGAUUUUUGGAAUCCCUUGAUGAUGGAAAUCUCGCGGCUAUAUCCCACAAGGCGGUAGGGGAACUUCUAAAUCGGGUGAAUUCACGUGGCUCGUCAGGGUCAAAGAAGCGAGAUAACUACCUCCAGCGGUGUGAUUUUGAAUGCAAACCAGUUAGCGAACCUGAGAAGGUUGAUGAACACAGUGUGGGAAAUAAGACAAAACGAAAUGCCUUGGAGGGUGAAAAUUCUAAAAGUGCUGCAGUACCUACAACUCCAUUGAAAGACACAGCUGAAGGGAAAGAUCUUCAUCAUUCUAAUCUUGAUGGUGAAGAAGAAUUGGAUGAGUCGUUUUGGGAAGAUGGAUCUUUACAUACUUUGAAUUCUGUAGAAGAUCACAAAAAUGAUUUAUUUAAUGGAAUGACAAUAGAGUUCGAUGGGACACCAGAUUCUGGUAAACGGAAGACAAUUCGCAGAGCUUCUGUUGAGGAUAAGGAAUUGGCUGUGCUUGUGCACAAGGUUCAUUUGCUUUGUUUACUUGGACGGGGAAGGUUAAUUGACAAUGCGUGUAACAAUCCACUCAUUCAGGCUUCCUUACUUUCCCUUCUACCAAAACACUUAAAUAGGAUAUCAGAGAACACGAAUUUGACGGUUAAUGCUCUGGUGCCGCUUGUCAGUUGGUUUCACAAUAACUUCCGUAUUAGAGGUUCGGGCAGUACAGAGAGAUCAUUUCAUUCAGCUUUGGCAUUUGCUCUAGAGACUCAAGAAGGGACUGCAGAGGAGGUUGCUGCAUUGUCUGUGGCACUAUUUAGAGCUCUGAAUCUUACAACCCGGUUUGUGUCCAUUCUUGAUGUGGCAUCCUUGAAGCCUGAUACUAACAAAUCUGAAUCUGUUAGCCAAGAGCCAAGGAAGACUGUGAGAGGGAUCUUUCAGUCUUCCACGCUGAUGGUGGCUAAACCAGAUCAGGUUGCUAUUUCUCCUGUUAAACAGUUGUCGUCAGAUGGCAAGGGCAACAUCUGUGAAACUUCCUUAAGGGAUGCAUGCGGGGCUAUGCAUGCCAAGUUGUCUAGCAAUUUCUCCUCGUCCAAAGGUUCUCAAAGUUCUGAUCUGCCCACAUUAUCUUGCAAGGCAGGAAAUCAUUUCUCUGAUGGGUCCCUUGCUGGGAAAUCUGAUGGAUCCAAGAGAAAAGGGGAUUUUGAAUUUGAGAUGCAGUUGGAAAUGGCUCUAUCUGCUUCAGCAGCUGAGACUUCUAGACACAGUAUUUGCUUGAAUGCAGACAAAAUUCAUAGUAAUUCGCCAAAUCUCUCUUCUCCUGCUAAAAGAUUGAAAACAAUUAAAAUGGUGGAAUCUCCAUCAUCUUCUCAGGGUAUCUCUACUGCAUUUGGAUCAAGAAAAGUUGGAGCUCCUCUUUACUGGGCAGAAAUCUACUGCAGUGGAGAGAACUUGACAGGAAAGUGGGUGCAUGUUGAUGCUGUCAAUGCUAUUAUUGAUGGCGAACAUAAAGUAGAACCUGCAGUUGCUGCAUGUAGAGCUUCUUUGAGAUAUGUAGUUGCCUUUGCAGGCCUUGGAGCUAAAGAUGUGACUCGCAGGUAUUGUAUGAAAUGGUACAAGAUAGCGUCAGAACGAGUAGAUCCAAUUUGGUGGGGCAAUGUUUUGGCACCAUUGACGGCGUUGGAGUCGGGAGCUACUGGAGGUGUGAUUCAUGUGGAAAGGGAUGGUUCUAAUGGACAUGCCAAAGUGGGACCAUUUAAAACUACUGAUCCUUCAUCCCGGAACUGUACUGUCCCCCAAAAUGCCAGCUCGACUGGGAAGGUAGCGACUGAAGUGCCAAAAGAGCCUUGUAACAAAAUUUGUUCAAAUUCUUCUGCAGCGAAUUCUUUUAUUAAUUCCAGGAGCUCUCUUGAGGACAUGGAGUUGGAAACUAGGGCAUUAACUGAGCCUCUUCCUACCAAUCAACAGGCUUAUAAAAACCAUCACCUUUACGCGCUAGAAAGAUGGCUUACAAAGUAUCAGAUCCUUCAUCCUAAAGGUCCCAUUUUGGGUUUCUGCUCAGGUCAUCCAGUCUUCCCAAGGACUAGUGUCCAAUUACUCCAUACGAAAGAAAGGUGGCUGCGUGAAGGGCUGCAAAUCAAAGCCAACGAGCUUCCUGUACAGGUUAUGAAACGUUCUCAGAAACCAAGCAAAGGUCAAGCUUCUGAUGCUGAUGAUGACGCUGAAGAGGCUUGUGAAGGAAAUACUGUGCUUUAUGGGAAGUGGCAAACAGAACCUUUGUGUCUGCCUCAUGCAGUGAAUGGGAUUGUUCCUAGGAAUGAACGGGGCCAAGUGGAUGUUUGGUCUGAGAAGUGCCUUCCACCGGGAACUGUACACUUGAGGUUGCCGCGACUAGUUCCAGUUGCUAAGCGGCUAGAAAUUGAUUUUGCACCUGCUAUGGUUGGAUUUGACUUCCGAAAUGGUCGCUCUAUACCUGUCUAUGAUGGCAUUGUUGUUUGUGCUGAGUUUCGGAAUGCAAUUCUAGAGGCCUAUGCAGAGGAAGAAGAAAGAAGAGAGGCUCUAGAGAAGAAAAGGAAUGAAGCGCAAGCUAUUUCCAGGUGGUAUCAGCUUCUCUCAUCUAUUGUUACCCGUCAAAGGCUGAACAACUGUUACGGGGAUCAUUCAACUUCACAAACCUCAAACAACAUUGAAAAUACAAAAGAAAAAGUUAGUGAAGGGGUUGGUGGUAGUGAGGAUAAUGGAAGAUCUCAUGAAUGUGAGGGACAGACAUUGCCCAGAAAAUCGGAAUUUGUGUCAAUGGUAACCACAGAAGAACAUGAGCAUGUGUUUUUGACAGAUGAUCACGAUGUUGAUGAACAGAGUUUUAUGAGGACAAAGCGAUGUCGUUGUGGAUUUUCGAUUCAAGUGGAGGAGUUUUAGCAGCUCCGACUUGAUACCAUUUGUCAUGGUGGCUUCUAUAGAUACACUUUUGCGGUACAAGAAAGAGGAAGAAGCAUCGAAAUAGACGCUUUUUUUUUUUGCCACCUGAUGUAAAUAUAUUUUUGGUCCACUAGAAAGCAGGUGAGACCUAUGUUGUUGCUUGAUUUUGCCAUAAACCAGCAAAUAGGUUUUCCCCUAUUUUUUUUAAUUUAAUUUUCGAGUAGAAGGAAUUGCAAUUGAUGUAUAUGUAUUGUAACUUUUUGUUGCUGCCCUAGCAUGGCAAAACAGCAAACUCUCAACAACCCAGAAAUGGCUCAAUUAAAUGUUCUUCUAUUUCUUUUUACUAA